AUGAUCAGUUCGCUUCCAACUGCUUUGAGUAGAUACUCCCUUCAUUUUAUCAUUUUGGUACCUACCGAUCUAACGCAUAAUACAACAUAUUUCUCCCACUACGUAGCUUCUCGGAGUGUUUUACGGCUCACCAACGCCACAACACCUGUACAAUCGUCCUUCGCACAACCGCUCCGUUCGAGUGUCGGUUUUCGACUGCCCAGUGAAGUACUGAAGUAG